AAUAAUUACAUUGCAAAAUGAAGAAAUCAGCACUAUAACUUUUAGCUUCCCCUGCUUAAUAUAUCCAAAAAAUAUAAAUAAAAAGUGAAACUGGGAGGAAGUAUAUUCUACUCUAGGACAGAAACAAUACUGCGAUAGAUUCUAGAAUUUUGAGAUAAUUUUGUGAUGUUGCAAAGUGCAAAACUUACUGCUGGGAAUGUAGUGGCAGGACAGUUCUGACUCUGAGUUUCAACAAAAAACAUUGAUUUGACACAUACCCGUAAAUUACUGACAGUUGUGUUAUUUUUUAUUUUUUUUGAAGGAUACUGACAGUUUGUUAUGUUAAUGUCAAAAACAUACUUUUGUUUUUUUGUUUUUAAUCAAAAGUGUUGAACUCAAAAUGAGUAUCACCACUUCAACAUUCUUUAUUCUUCCUUUAAACCAAUUCCUCAACAAUGCCAAAAACAUUUCUCAUCUUAAACAAAUCCAUGCACUUUUUCUCAAACACCUCCCUCAAAACGCACCUCAUCACUUUUUUGAUCGUCUGCUAUUUCGGGUUCUCCACUUCAGUGCUGAAAAAUCCAAUCUUUACUAUGCCCACAAACUGUUUGAUACAAUGCCAAACUGCUCCAAUUGUUUCAUUUGGACUUCUCUCAUUCGCGCAUUCCUUUCCCAUCACACUCAUUUUCGCCAUUGCAUUUCCACCUUCGCUAUAAUGCACCAAAAAGGGAUUUUGCCGUCUGGUUUCACAUUCUCUUCGGUUCUCAAUGCUUGUGGGCGUGUCCCUGCUGUGUUCGAAGGGAAACAAGUUCAUGCAAGGUUGGUCCAGUCGGGGUUUCUUGGAAACAAGAUUGUGCAAACUGCAUUACUGGACAUGUAUGCAAAAUGUGGCUAUGUAUGUGAUGCACGUGACGUGUUUGAUGGAAUGGUUGACAGAGAUGUUGUUGCAUGGACAGCUAUGAUUUGUGGGUAUGCCAAGGCGGGGAGAAUGGUUGAUGCAAGGUUGCUGUUUGAUAACAUGGGGGAAAGGAAUUCUUUUACUUGGACUACUAUGGUUGCUGGAUAUGCAAACUAUGGAGACAUGAAAGCUGCCAUGGAAUUGUAUGAUGUCAUGAAUGGCAAGGAGGAGGUCACGUGGGUUGCAAUGAUAGCUGGGUAUGGGAAGUUGGGGAAUGUGAGUGAAGCUAGAAGGAUAUUUGAUGAAAUACCAGUGCCAUUGAAUCCAUCAACUUGUGCGGCAUUGCUGGCUUGUUAUGCCCAAAAUGGACAUGCUAGGGAAGCUAUAGAGAUGUAUGAGAAAAUGAGACGAGCAAAGAUUAAAGUCACUGAUGUGGCAAUGGUGGGUGCCAUAUCAGCUUGUGCUCAACUUAGGGACAUUAGAAUGUCUAACUUGCUAACAUACGAUAUCGAGGAGGGUUUUUGUGAAAAGACACAUAUUGUUUCCAAUGCAUUAAUCCACAUGCAAUCAAAGUGUGGAAAUAUAGACUUGGCAUGGAGGGAGUUCAAUAUAAUGAGAAACAGAGAUUUGUAUACUUACAGUGCAAUGAUUGCAGCUUUUGCUGAGCAUGGGAAAUCACAAGAUGCUAUAGAUCUUUUCUUGAAGAUGCAGCAGGAAGGUUUAACGCCAAACCAAGUUACAUUUGUUGGGGUCCUCAAUGCAUGUAGCACUUCAGGUCUAAUUGAGGAAGGUUGUAGGUUUUUUCAGAUUAUGACUGGGGUGUAUGGUAUUGAGCCCUUACCCGAGCAUUAUACUUGCAUGGUUGAUCUUCUUGGUAGGGCCGGGCAAUUGGAAAAAGCAUACAGUCUCAUAAAGGAGAAUUCAACUAGUGCUGAUGCAACAACUUGGGGUUCUUUAUUAGCAGCUUGCCGGGUUUAUGGCAAUGUGGAAUUGGGUGAGAUUGCUGCCAGACAUCUCUUUGAGAUUGACCCUACAGAUUCUGGAAAUUAUGUUCUUCUAGCAAACACUUAUGCAUCAAAUGAUAAAUGGGAGCGUGCAGAAGAAGUUAAGAAGUUGAUGAGUAAAAAGGGAAUGAAAAAACCUUCGGGGUAUAGCUGGAUUCAAAGAGAGACCAAAGGACAGUAUCAAGAAGAAGCACGUUGCUUGAUAGUUUCAGCCAGUUAGACAUGAAACCAUUAAGAAAGGCUGCCAUACAAGUAUCAAUUCAGUAAUUCUAACAUGAGCUUUUGAAUUACGAGCUUUAUUUUCUGGAUCAUCAUACAUGAAACCAUUAAGAAAGGCUGCCAUACAAGUAUUCUGCUGUGCAGAACUGAUAUACUGAGGAUGAGGAUGGGAAUGGGGUAUCUAGAAUUUUCUCACUAGGAGAGCCUCUCUGAGUGUUGAACCUUUGCAGAAUUGCACGUGGAAGGCUGUAUGUAUGCUUUGAACAUGGCUUUGGAGGUCCUUGGUAUCAGUUUCCCAUCCGACGUAAAUAAUGGCCAUUGUAAUAAUAAGAUAUGUCAUUGGCAUGGUCAUUUCCUUCUUAUCAGUAAUGUGGCCCUGGCUGGAGUUAUGAUUGAUCCGCAAGCAUUUUGCAGCAAAUUUUUCAGGUGUAACAAAGUUCUACUUCGCUGGGUGAUAUGCCGUCUUGUUAAAAGACACUUAGCUGCACUGCUACAUAUUGGAAGAUCAUCCAGAUCCUCUAGAGACUAGAGUGUUUGGAUUGUCAGGUGGACCAUGACUAUUCAAUUUAGGAUGGGGUCAAUGUGUAUCUAAACGUAUCUUCGUACAGGGCAUUUGAGCUGUAUGCUUCAACGUCUCGUCUUUACAACUAGCCUCUAAAUUGACAUCAAAAUAAUGUUUUAAAAAUGGAAGCUAUUAGAUAAUGAAUUGGUUUUACUUUGAACCUUUCUUGUUUUUUGGUUUGAUUCAAUUUCAGUUGAUUCAUACAUUUAGUUGGUCGAACCAAUAAAAUUAAAACUAAAGAUGAUGUCGUUUGAUUACUUUUAAAAAAUUAGUCUAAAUUCAGGGAAUGAUAUUAAACUUGUAGUUGUUUUUAGAAGCACUUGUCAGUAUAGUAUCAAAACUCAUAG